AUGGCAAUACCAAAACAGGCAUCAUGGAUGGUGAGGAAGAUCCUAAAUAUGAGGAAGACAGUGUUCAUUCUCUGGUUGGCUUUGCUUAGUAGUCUUAGAACACAAGAUUUACUGAUUAAAUGGGGCAUUGAUGUCAAUGGAACAUGUGUGCUAUGCAAAAAUGGUCUGGAAACACAAGAACAUCUGUUGUUCCAUUGCUGCUUCUCUAAAAAAGUAUGGCAGGAGAUGUUAAGCUGGCUAGGGUGGAGCAGAAAUGUGGGAAACUGGGAACAAGAGUAUACUUGGGUGCAACAGACUGCUAAAGGAAGAAGGCCACAACAUGUGCUACUGGAGGCUUGCUUUGCUACUACUGUUUAUGGAAUAUGGAUUGACGUAACACCCGGCUAUAUCAGAAUAGAAGCACAACCAGUGAUAAGUUAA